UGCAGCCUUUAAAACGACUCAAUCAUAAUUCGACACUGGAAAUGCUUAUAAUCAACAUACCGGAAAAUUAAGAAAGAAAGAAUUGGGAUAUGAAAGAUUAUUAUAUCAGCAUAACCUAUUUAGUUCUUCUAACUCCUUUUCCUGCGCUGCAGUUGAAGAGGCCGCUAAACCUCUGGAGCGUCCUGCACCAGGUGGCGAUGUCCCUGGCCGUGGCCGAAGAGGCACUGCAAUUCGAACACCGGGCACUCUUGCUGCGUCGUGUGCUCGUCAACUACACGCUCGAGUGCGCCUCCCGCUACACCAUCCGCGGCCGCGACUAUCUCAUCGAAACGUUGUUUCUGGAGGCGUGCAUCUUGGGCGGAGCCUCGGCCCGUCUCAGCGAUGGCGACACACCGGUCUUCACGGUGAUCAAGGACGAUUCACACGAGCCGAUGCAGCGUCACCUUCUCAACGUCGACAUUAAUAUGAAGAUAGUAAUCAGGAACGACUGGCGCGCAUUCCACCCUCUCACCAACCGUCUAUGGCUGCGCUACUUGACCAAGGAACUGCGAUGGCUAUACAAGCACAGAUUUGGCAGCGACAUGAACGAAUUCGAGACACUCUUCUGGUCGGAUAUUGGCAGCUGGAAGCAGAAGCUAUUCAAGUACUCUUCGCAAGCCCAGUUCGUCGAAAACCUCCCCCACGUCUGAGCGCAAAGACGCCACGGGGGCUUGACAACGACGACGGGUUGAUUGCGCGAGGAGAAACACGUUUGCUCGAAAUUCU